GGAAGGGGAAGGGGAAGGGAAGGAGCGGCGGCGGAAGUGGCCGGUGGCGGGGAUGGAGCUGGGAGGUGGCCGGAGCCGGUAAUUUAAGUGAUUUUCUAGCAUGGACACUGUUGCUAGCCAUAGUUGUCAUCUUCUCCAGCAGCUACAUGAACAGCGCAUUCAGGGGCUUCUCUGUGACUGCAUGCUGGUGGUAAAAGGUGUAUGCUUCAAAGCACACAAAAAUGUAUUAGCUGCUUUCAGUCAAUAUUUCAGGACCCUUUUCCAGAAUUCUUCAGGCCAGAAGAACGAUGUGUUUCACUUGGACAUUAAAAAUGUAGGUGGCAUAGGCCAGAUCUUGGACUUCAUGUACACCUCUCACCUGGAUCUUAGUCAGGACAAUGUACAAGCUAUGCUGGACAUUGCACAGUGUCUCCAAGUGCAAAAUGUGCUGAACAUUUGCCACACCUUUUUAAAAUCUUCUACAGCUGUAGAGCAAGCAGCCAGCAUGCCUUGUAAUAGUGUCUUUUCACUGCAGAAUACUUUGGCUGCAGAUGGGAGCUGUGCCAGUGACGGUUAUGGGACAAACCUGUUGCAUGAGUGCUCAUCUGACACACAGGCCAGUAAAGUCUUGGCUGACCACCAUUCUCAUGCAUCACAGUCUGUUAAUCUGCACACACCCCCAGGUGAUGCACAGAAACAGCCACAAGACUCCUUAGAUGGCAACUGCACAGAGCUUCCAUUUAAACAACCGAAUUACUAUUACAAACUACGCAACUUUUACAGUAAACAGUUCUACAAACAAAAUGCUUGCUCUGAUCAUGAGAGAGGAGCAGAACCAUCCUUUUCUUACAACACAUCCACAGAAAUAAACGCAGUGGAGAAUAAUUCUUGCACUGUCAGUCACACUGAGUGUAUUCUGGAAACAUCUGAUCAUUUACCAUCAAACUUUCUGGUUCAGUCUGGGAACGAAGCUGCUCCAGACCAAGAUGCAGAAAGCACAGUUAUGCAGCCAACCAAAGAGAUGCGGCUGAAAAAGGCAAUACACCUCAAAAAGUUAAAUUUUCUGAGAUCUCAGAAAUCUGCAGAGCAGCCACCUGAGCCUAAAAGGGAUGACAGUAGAGUACCAGAAGUAAUUGAACCUGUAAAUGAAAGUACCACAGACAUGACAAAUGUUAGAGCUACUGAUGAAAAAGAAGAUGAAGAUUUAGUGAAUUCUGAGAAUUUUGAACAAACUGUUGAAAUGGAAAGAUCUCAAGGUUCUUUGGAACAAGAAGGACAAUCACAGACUCUUCAGUCACAAAGACAAUAUACUUGUGAAUUAUGUGGAAAGGCUUUCAAACAUCCAAGCAAUUUGGAGCUUCAUAAAAGGUCUCAUACAGGUGAGAAACCUUUUGAAUGUAACAUUUGUGGGAAACACUUCUCACAGGCAGGUAAUCUCCAGACACAUCUACGUCGGCAUUCUGGUGAGAAGCCAUACAUUUGUGAAAUCUGUGGGAAAAGAUUUGCUGCUUCUGGUGAUGUUCAGCGUCAUAUUAUUAUUCAUUCUGGAGAAAAGCCUCAUCUGUGUGAUAUCUGUGGCAGAGGGUUCAGUAACUUCAGUAAUUUAAAGGAGCACAAAAAGACCCAUACAGCAGAUAAAGUAUUCACCUGUGAUGAAUGUGGAAAGUCAUUUAAUAUGCAACGAAAGUUGGUAAAGCACAGAAUUAGGCACACUGGAGAGAGACCAUACAGCUGUUCAGCAUGUGGGAAAUGUUUUGCAGGCUCUGGUGACCUGCGUAGACAUGUGAGGACUCAUACAGGAGAAAAACCCUACACUUGUGAGACUUGUAACAAAUGCUUCACUCGCUCUGCUGUUCUGCGGCGGCACAAGAAAAUGCACUGUAAGGCCUCUGAGGAGGGGCCAAACGCACUGGAUGAAUUUACUCCAGGGAUUGAAACUUCUGACCUCGACAAGUCUCAGAGUUCUGACUCUUUCGGCCAAGAAAUGUCUGUUACAUUGUUACCAGUGUCUGUUAAAUUUCCAGUUCGUCCAACUGGGAAUUCCACUGAAUUUGAUAGUUCUGCAGAUCCGUACUGUAAGUUGCGAUCAAUGGCUCAACACCACGACUCAGCAAACCAGCAGAAACUCAGCGUGGAUUCUGCUAAACUCCCGAAAGCUCAGACUCAGCAACCACCACCAUACGCUUACGCAGACGUUGACGUGUCUUCUGCAGAAGAACCCCUGCAGUCGGAUGGUGUUCCCAUGAUUCGCUCCUCCAUGGCCAGCUUGGACGGCCACUGCAAUGACCCGCUGGCCAGUCGGACAUCGUCGGCCACGUACAAGAAUAACGAAGGACCCUUCUUCUCCAGCAUGACCCUCUGGGGUUUAGCCAUGAAGACCUUGCAGAAUGAAAGUGAGUUGGAACAAUGAGGGCUCAGGUGACUGCACCGAAACUUCUUAGAGGCAUUUCGUGUUCAAGUGAUUGCAAUUGCACUGCAGCAUAGGGGGAUCAGAGCUGGUUUUUAAGCCAGGUUGCUUGGAUACUGAUAGGAGUCAAGAUAUGCAUGCCCAGAACCCUGUGUAGGCUGACUUUAUUUACACUGCUUCUCAGCAAAGUUCAAAUCUACUUUUGGGGACCUUUGUUAUUCUGUGACUGCACUGUGUAGCUCAUGUGUUGCCAUGAUUUAUUAAAACUUGCCAUUUUACUAAAUUUGCCAUUUAACUUGGAAUUUUUUACCUGAUAAUGGAGGAAAGGAUGGCCAGUGUCUAAUUUCAUUAUAUGGGUACAAUUCCAAGUAUGGGCCAUCAGAGCUGUGUAAGGGUGUAGAUAUGACAAGACAAAAAUACUUAACAAAUCCCUAGUGAACCUGAGUUUCAGUAGUGGCUUUCUUACCAGUAGGGUCAUUGGUUUACAGGACUUGAGUAUUGUGGCAGUAAAUUUAAAUGUUAAAUACUGGAUAAUAUUUGUGAUAGUGCAAAGUAACUGUAUAUCUAGAAACUUUAUUUUUUUACAAUAAAAGCUUUUUUUAGUAUUUUAUAAACUAUUUUGCACAGCAGAUUAUUUGUACAAUGGAGGCCAAGAUCAAGACAUGUGAAUAAAGGGAAGUUGUUUUACCCUGUA